CUUGAUUAUCGCAAAGUCAUUGAUGAUUUUGUUGCGAAAACACGGGAUCUCUGCCGCUAUGAGUUGACACCUGAGGACUGGAGUGUGAUCCAGCUUGUCUCACACUGGCUCAAAGCAUUCUGUUCAGCCACCACCCAAAGGUCGACAACCAAGUGUUCAAUGCUGUCUUCUACUCAAGCCAUUUUCCGUGGUCUGCAAGAGUCCCUACAGGACUCUCUAUGUGAAUUGCCAGAUAACAUGCCACCUCGUCUCAAGGAAUCACUCAUCAAGGCCCAUUGGAAACUGAGUGACUAUUACACAAAGUUUGAUGAAUUGCCGUUGUAUAUAUGGUUAUCUUGUAAGCUGUCUCCUCAUGUCUAUUCCAGGAUUAAACUUCUGACUCAAGUCAUUUCUUGA